UGGUAUUCAUAUCAGAAAUAAAUUAAUCUAAGCAAAAUUAAUUUGCCUCUAUUUUCUUCUACACCUGGCUUCUCAGGCCACGCCCAGGUAGUGUUUCAUUCAUAUUAAAUUAAACUCCAUUUAACAAACAGUUGCUACAAUCAUCCAUCAUUUCUGGCUCCGAUGCAGCAGCCCCGCCGCGAUGCGAUGGGCAAAGAAACCGAAAUCCUCUGUCGUCUCAUCGGGAACCAUCUCCAUCUUGCUCAAUUCGAACCCUUACGUGGCGUUCUCCUCGCUCUACGAACCCGAAACCGUGACCUAACUCGCCAUAUUCUUCAAUCCAUUGUCGCUAGAUCCGGUCGAUUCCCUAACGUCGCUUGGUCUCCAUCAUGUUCAUCUCCCGCUCUUCUCACCUACUUAUCAACUCUCGAAUUGCUUCAAUUGGACGAUGCUUCGUCGGUUUGGAAUUUUGAUUCCGAAACGCUGCGUUUACGUGCGGAGUUUCUGUUGUUAGUUCAGCAUUUGAUUGAUUUGGUGUUAGAGGAGGAGAUGGAAAUGUGUAGGAAAGUUUUGGACAGGGUUUUGGAGAUAGGUGUAAAGAGGUUGAGAGUUGAUGAUGAGGAUGAGGAUGGUGAAAUUGAAAGUAGUGAGAGUUUUGUUGAAGAAAGUGAGUUGAUGAGUUUGAGGAAGUUGGUUUUGGAUCGUGCUGAUGUUUUUGAUGCACUGAGUGGGAAUAUAGAGAAGCAGAUUGGACGGUGGGAACGUCAGGAUUCUGGUUUAGCGGUAAAAAGUGGUGAUGAUGCUUUGGAGGAAGAUGUUACUGUUAAGGUACUUUUUGGUAUACAGAAGAUGACUCAGUCUGUUCAUUUGGAUGCUAUUAGGGGGAGUGUUGAAGGUGGUGAUGUAGAAGGGGCAAUUUCUCAUUUACGUUUUCUUCAUUUUGAUUAUGGACUCGAUCAAUCUGAGUACCGCAUAGUUUUGAAAGAUCUCUUGAAGGUCAUUUUAUCAAGAAGUGACGACUUUGGGGAAUCAUGGCUUAUCAUGCGUAGCCAAAUGCUAAAGAUAUAUAGUGAAGCUCUUUCAUCGAAUUGCAGAGAUAUUGUUCGAAUGAUGCAGAGCAUUCAUGACGAGAUUUUGUCUGAAGAGGUCGAAAUGGAUCGAGUUCAAACUGACAAUUUCACUCCACGACCUCUUGUACGUCUUCAAAACUAUCUGGCAGAACUGAAGCCUGUUAAGAACUUAGAUGAUAAGACAUUAUCACUGAAUGAGGUGAUCAGAUCAUGCAAGACAGAGAUGUAUCAUUAUGCUCGUAUUUCUGGACUACAUGUUCUUGAAUGUGUUAUGGAUACUGCCCUGUUUGCUGUGAAAAGGGAGCAGCUGGAAGAAGCUAGCAAUGUCCUCCAAUUGUUUCCACAACUUCAGCCUUUAGUAGCUGCCAUGGGUUGGGAUUUAUUGGCUGGUAAAAUAAAAGCAAGGAGAAAAUUAAUGCAACUUCUCUGGACAAGUAAAUCACAAGUAAUUCGGCUUGAAGAAUCUUCUCUUUACGGUAAUAAAUCAGAUGAGAUGUCCUGUGUGGAGCAUCUGUGUGAUACUUUAUGCUAUCAGCUCGAUCUUGCCUCUUUUGUUGCUUGUGUGAAUUCUGGCCAGUCUUGGAAUUCAAAAUUCUCAUUAGUGCUUUCUGGAAAAGAACAAGCUGCAUUUAGUGAUGAAGACACCUAUUCUGAUCAUUUUGUUGAGAACUUUGUCUUGGAACGUCUUUCUGUCCAAACGCCUAUCCGGGUACUAUUUGAUGUUGUCCCAGGCAUAAUAUUCCGGGAAGCCAUAGAAUUGAUCACUAUGCAACCAAUCGCUUCUACUCUGGAAGCCUGGAAGAUGAAGCAAGAUGUAGAACUCAUGCACAUGCGUUAUGCUCUAGAAUCAAGUGUUCUUGCUUUAGGAGCAAUGGAAAGGAGUAUGUCCGAUGAAAUAGAAACUCAUCAAAAUGUGGCACUAGUUCAUUUGAAGGAUUUGCGGAGCCAUUUGGAUGGUAUUAGUAGUCUUCCACGCAAGAUUUUUAUGGUGAAUGCCAUAAUUUCACUGCUGCAUAUGGAUAGUAUCUCUGCCAAUUUGAUGCAUUGUGGAUCACGAGGGAGUGAUUCUAAAUCAUCCGAUGCAUCCUCUUCGGGAAAUAAUUGCUCAACUAGAAGUGAAGUGGGAAAUAAAAUGGUUAUAUCCUUCACUGGUUUGUUUAUUGAUAUACUGCGUCAAAACACUCCAUCAUCCGUGGGUGAAUUAGAAAACACAUUAGAUGGUGGUGUCAGCACAACCAGCAGACAGGCCCUCGAGUGGCGAAUGACAAUCGCAACCCGUUUCAUUGAAGAAUGGGAAUGGCGUUUAUCAAUUUUGCAGCAUCUUCUUCCAUUAUCUGAACGCCAAUGGAGAUGGAAAGAGGCAUUGACAGUGUUACGUGCAGCUCCCUCCAAGCUACUCAACCUUUGCAUGCAGAAAGCAAAGUUUGAUAUAGGAGAAGAAGCAGUUCAUCGAUUUUCAUUAUCUGCCGAAGACAAAGCAACCCUCGAGUUAGCUGAAUGGGUAGAUGGUGCCUGCAAAGAAGCAUCUGUAGAUGAUGUGGUGUCCCGUGUACAGGAUCUAGAUUUUUCCUCUUUACGCUCCCAAUUGGGACCCUUGUCUACAAUUCUUCUUUGCAUUGAUGUUGCUGCAACCUCUGCAAAGUCUGCAGGGAUGUCUCAACAACUGCUGAAUCAGGCCCAAAUUAUGUUAUCUGAGAUAUAUCCAGGGGGCUCUCCCAAAGCUGGCUCUACUUAUUGGGACCAGAUCCUUGAAGUGGGAGUCAUCUCUGCGUCACGACGUCUUCUAAAGCGCUUACAGGAGUUCUUGGAGCAGGACAACCCUCCAACACUGCAGGCAAUCCUGUCCGGGGAAAUUGUUAUCACAUCUUCAAAAGAGUCGUACCGGCAGGAGCAGAGGGAACGUGCUCUGGCUUUGCUACAUCAGAUGAUUGAAGACGCUCAUAUGGGCAAGCGACAGUUUCUGAGUGGUAAGCUGCAUAACCUUGCAAGAGCUGUCACCGAUGAAGAAACUGAACCAAGUACUACUAGAGGUGAAGGAUUGUAUUCCGAGAGGAGUGUUAUUUCCAACGGUGACAAGGAAAUUAUACUUGGGCUCGGCUUAAGAGUUGUUAAACCAAUACCUUUAAGUUCAGCUGGAGGAGAAACUGGCCUGCAGUCUUCUGGUUUUGACAUUAACGACUCUGGGAAGAUAAUAUUUUCUCCCUUGAGUGCCAAACCAAUGACAUAUUUAUCACAAUUCAUUCUUCAUGUUGCUGCAAUUGGCGACAUAGUUGAUGGGACCGAUACUACUCAUGAUUUCAACUUUUUCUCUGUCGUUUAUGAGUGGCCUAAGGAUCUUUUGACUCGUCUUGUUUUUGAAAGAGGCAGUACUGAUGCAGCAGAGAAGGCAGCUGAAAUCAUGGGUGCUGAUUUUGUACAUGAGGUGAUUUCUGCAUGUGUACCUCCAGUUUAUCCUCCACGAUCUGGACAUGGAUGGGCAUGCAUUCCAGUUGUUCCUUCGUUCCCUAAGAGCAGCUCUGAAAAUAAAGUACUUUCUCCUUCAUCUAAAGAUGCAAAGCCUAAUUGUUAUUGCCGUUCUUCAGCAACUCCUGGAGUCUCAUUAUAUCCUCUCGAGUUAGAUGUGGUGAAACAUUUGGCAAAAAUAUCCCCAGUGAGGUCUGUCUUGGCAUGUGUAUUUGGGAGUUGUAUACUGUAUGACAGCAGUAGCUCCUCAAUUUCAAGCUCCUUGAGUGAUGGAUUACAGCAAACUCCGGAUGCUGAUCGUUUGUUUUAUGAGUUUGCUCUUGAUCAAUCUGAAAGGUUCCCAACUUUGAAUAGAUGGAUACAAAUGCAGACAAACCUUCACCGAGUUUCAGAAUUUGCUGUAACUGCUAAUGAAACAGCGGAUGAUAGCAACCUUGAAGCAAGAUCGUCUGUUAAGAGAGUUCGUGAACAUGACACUGAAACAGAGUCAGAUGCUGAUGACAUUAAUAGCAGUACAAUCCCUGUAUCUCUGACAGACCUAAAUAGCCAAGGGAUUGAAGCUGCAGACCUCUGGCACGAUUCCUCAAAAUCUGAAGCUUCUCAACUUGAUACAACCGUUUUCCUUUCUUUUGAUUGGGAUAAUGAAGAACCAUAUCAGAAGGCAGUGGAACGACUAAUCGGCGAAGGAAAGCUAAUGGAUGCUCUUGCACUUUCUGAUCGUUUUCUACGUAAUGGGGCCUCUGAUCAACUUCUUCAGCUGAUCAUUGAGCAUGCAGAAGAGAUCCAUUCAAAUUCUUCACAGCGUCAAGGAUAUGGAGGACGGAAUAUUUGGAGCAAUAGUUGGCAGUAUUGCUUAAGGUUGAAGGACAAACAUCUGGCAGCUAGACUUGCCCUAAGAUAUGUUCACACAUGGGAACUAGAUGCUGCUUUGGAUGUUCUCACAAUGUGCAGCUGCCAUCUACCUCAGAAUGAUUCUAUUAGGGAAGAGGUUUUGAAAAUGAAACAAGCUUUGCAGAGGUACAGCCACAUACUAAGUGCAGAUGAUCACUAUACGAGUUGGCAAGAGGUUGAAGCAGAUUGCAAGGAAGAUCCAGAGGGGCUGGCACUUAGAUUAGCUGGAAAAGGGGCUGUUUCUGCUGCACUUGAAGUGGCAGAAAGUGCUGGAUUAUCAAUUGAUUUAAGGAGAGAGUUGCAAGGGCGACAACUUGUGAAGCUUUUAACAGCGGAUCCUCUUAAUGGUGGAGGACCAGCCGAAGCUUCACGCUUUCUUUCUUCAUUACGGGAUACAGAUGAUGCUUUGCCAGUUGCUAUGGGUGCAAUGCAGCUUUUGCCCAAUUUGCGGUCAAAGCAACUUCUUGUUCACUUCUUCCUGAAGCGAAGAGAAGGGAAUCUGUCUGAUGCUGAGAUUUCCCGGCUUAAUUCAUGGGCUUUAGGGCUUCGUGUGCUGUCUGUCUUGCCAGUGCCAUGGCAGCAAAGGUGCUCUUCCCUGCAUGAACAUCCUCAUCUGAUUUUGGAAGUGCUACUGAUGAGGAAACAAUUGCAAUCUGCUGCACUGAUAUUAAAGGAAUUUCCUUCUUUACGAGACAACCGUGUAGUUACUACAUAUGCAACUAAGGCUAUUGCUGUAAGUAUUAGCUCGCCUCCUAGGGAACAUCGCAUAACUGUCUCAGGUUCCAGACCAAAGCAGAAGGCUAGAGGUGCUCCGCCGAAGUUGUCUUUUUCAAGCAGUUUAAGUAACUUGCAGAAAGAGGCUCGGAGAGCAUUUUCAUGGGCUCCAAAAAAUGCCGUGGAAAAAAAUGCUCCAAAAGAUGUUUAUAGGAAAAGAAAAAUUUCUGGACUGUCUCCAUCUGAUAGGGUUGCUUGGGAAACAAUGACCGGAAUUCAAGAGGACCGUAUUUCAUCUUUUUCAGCAGAUGGACAAGAACGACUCCCUUCCGUUUCUAUUUCCGAGGAAUGGAUGCUUACCGGUGACCCACUAAAAGAUGAAAACAUCCGCUCAUCUCAUAGAUAUGAAAGUGCCCCUGACAUUACACUGUUCAAGGCAUUGCUUGCUCUGUGUUCGGAUGAAUCAGUCUCCGCCAGGAUUGCCCUUGACUUAUGCAUUAAUCAAAUGAAGAAUGUCUUGAGUUCUCAGCAGAUACCUGAGAAUGCAUCUAUGGAAACAAUUGGGCGAGCAUAUCAUGCCACAGAAACAUUUGUCCAGGGUCUAAUUUACGCCAAGUCCUUGCUGAGAAAGCUCACAGGUGGUAGUGAGUUUUCAAGUAAUUUGGAAAAAAACAGAGAUGCUGAUGACACGUCAUCUGAUGCUGGUAGCUCUAGUGUGGGCAGUCAAUCCACAGAUGAGCUAUCUGAAAUCUUGUCACAUGCAGAUGUUUGGUUGGGACGUGCGGAGCUGCUCCAAAGCCUUUUGGGAUCUGGGAUUGCUGCGUCUCUUGAUGAUAUUGCUGAUGGAGAAUCAUCUGCCCGUCUCCGUGACAGGUUGGUUGAGGAAGAACGGUAUAGCAUGGCAGUGUAUACCUGCAAAAAGUGUAAGAUUGAUGUGUUCCCAGUGUGGAAUGCAUGGGGUCAUGCAUUAAUUCGGAUGGAGCGUUACGGACAUGCCCGUGUGAAGUUUAAGCAAGCUCUUCAGUUGUACAAGGGUGAUCCUGGACCUGUGGUUUUAGAGAUUAUUAAUACAAUUGAAAGUGGCCCACCAGUUGAUGUUUCAGCCAUUCGUACUAUGUAUGAGCAUCUGGCUAAAAGUGCACCCACAAUCCUGGAUGAUUCUCUCUCUGCUGAUUCAUAUCUUAACAUCUUAUACAUGCCAUCAACCUUCCCCCGUUCAGAAAGGUCUAGACGAUCUCAAGUAUCUGCAAAUAAUUCUACAUAUUAUCGAGAUUUUGAAGAUGGUCCUCGGAGUAACCUGGAUAAUGUUAGAUACACUGAAUGUGUUAAUUACUUGCAAGAUUAUGGUCGUCAGCAUUUGCUCCGUUUUAUGUUUAAGCAUGGUCACUACCAUGAUGCUUGCUACUUGUUUUUCCCUCCUGAUGCUGUCCCACCACCACCACAACCAUCAAACAUCAAUGGAUUGUCUUCUUCAUCACCCCAAAGACUAGAUUCUUUGGCAACUGACUAUGGGACAAUCGAUGAUCUAUGUGAAUCGUGCAUUGGUUAUGGUGCUAUGCCUAUUUUGGAGGAAGUCAUUUCAACUAGAAUGUCUACAACUACAUCCCAGGAUGCAGGAUUUAAUCAAUAUACUGUUACAGCCCUUGCUCGUAUUUGCCUCUACUGUGAAACUCACAAACAUUUCAAUUAUUUAUACAGCUUUCAGGUAAUUAAAAAGGACCAUGUUGCAGCUGGACUCUGUUGUAUUCAGUUGUUUAUGAAUUCUUCUUCACAAGAGGAAGCCAUUAGACAUUUGGAACAUGCUAAGAUGCAUUUUGAUGAAGGGCUAUCUGCAAGGCACAAAGGUGGAGAAUCUACCAAACUUGUCACAAAAGGUCUUAGGGGAAAAAGUGCAUCUGAAAAGCUUAGUGAAGAAGGUCUUGUCAAAUUUUCUACUCGGGUAUCAAUUCAGGUUGAAAUUAUUAAAGCUUUUAAUGACUCAGAAGGACCACAAUGGAAACAUUCGCUUUUCGGGAAUCCCAAUGAUCCGGACACAUUUAGACGGAGGUGUGAAAUUGCAGAGUUUCUUGUUGAGAAAUUUUUUGAUUUGGCAUUCCAAGUGAUCUAUGAAUUCAAUCUUCCUGCUGUUGAUAUAUAUGCUGCUGUUGCUGCAUCUUUUGCUGAUAAAAAAAAAAGCACCGAAUUGACAACAAUCUUUAAACACAUCAAGGGCACAAUAGACGACGAUGACUGGGAUCAGGUAUUGGGUGCUGCGAUAAAUGUAUAUGCCAAUAAGCAUAAAGAACGCACAGACCGUCUGAUAGACAUGCUAACCAGCAGCCACAGGAAAGUUCUUGCUUGUGUAGUUUGUGGUCGUUUAAAAAGUGCAUUUCAAAUUGCUUCGCGGAGUGGAAGUGUGGCUGAUGUUCAAUAUGUUGCUCAUCAGGCACUGCAUGCAAAUGCACUUCCCGUGCUUGAUAUGUGUAAGCAAUGGUUGGCACAGUGCAAUGUGUAAUCUAUUGUUGUCAGAAUCUGUGAGCUAUCCAAUGUGGAUUUUUUGGUUUAUUGAUGCGCCAGAUGUCGAUAAAGCAGGAGCUAGAUCAUGGCCAUUAAUCAAGAAAAGUGGAUAAAACCAAAGCAAUGAGAAUAAGUAUUAAUCUAGAGACCUUUUGUUUCAUUGAUUUCAAAGCUUCUAGAUUUGUUGAAGCGGGUUUCUGUGAUCUGUGGUAUAUAAUCAUCCAAGUUGGUCCAACAUAUAUGUUUGGUACUGCUACGUAGCUAGGUUUGGAGGAUCGUAAAGAUAAAUCAUACCCAGCUUAAGCAAAAAUUGAUGUUUUUCUGUUCCUGGAUCUUAUUCAAGUACUGAAUUUAGGAACACCUGGAUGCCAACAACGACGAUGCCCGAAGGUUUUUCAGCCAGCUCAAUUUAUUUCUCUAUGAUAUAUUGCAUUGGAAAGGAGAAUGUAUAUUGUAAAGCAUAAUUUUAUUUUAUUUUUGACAAAACAUAGUAUGGAUGUUUUAUAGUGUAGAAUAUUUGUACAUGGAAUUUUGAGUGUGUCAAUGUAUCAUCAAGAAUAAGUUGUUGUAAAGAUGUCGUUAAAUUGAAUUUAUUUUGUGAAUAGUUUGAUUGAGUUUUA